ACUUCAGCAAGGUUGCUUGCUGUGGUACAAAAGACCCUAGGCUCGCGUCGGAUUUUUUAGACGGCUCCACUAUGUCUUCGAAUACUGGCAAACUCCGCGAUGUCUACAUCGUCUUCGGUGGGAGCGGUUUCGUUGGCAGGCACAUCGUAGAGCAGCUACUGGCCCGUGGAGACACAGUGUCGGUGUUCGACAUUGUACAAAAAUACCACGACACACCUUUUUACACGGGAGACAUCACAGAGGAAGAGCAGGUUGCCGACGCUGUGCACAAGAGCGGAGCGACGUGCAUCUUUCAUACAGUGUCUCCCCCGCACGGUUUGCAGGACCCCGCGCUCUACUGGAGAGUCAACGUCGACGGCACUCGCGCGGUCAUCAGCUCUGCUCAAGCACUCGGCGUGCGAAAACUCGUCUACACAAGCUCUGCAGGUCUUGUGUUCAAUGGAGGUGACCUCAUCAAUGUUGAUGAACGGACGCCACCACCAGCGAAGGCUAUGGAUGCCUACAAUGAGUCUAAAGCGAAGGCGGAAGAGUUGGUCCUUACUGCAAAUGGCAUUAAGGGUCUGCUCACGGUGUCGCUGCGUCCAGCUGGUAUCUUCGGGCCCGGCGACAGGCAAGGUACCGCUGGGUUCUACGAUGUCUGGAAGCGUGGACAGACGCACUGGCAGAUCGGGGACAACACGAACCUCUACGACUGGACAUAUGUCGGCAACGUCGCUCACGCUCAUCUGCUCGCAGCCGAUAAGUUGGACGAGGAGCCUAUCGUCGAUCUCUCAGAUCCAGCCAAAGUCACAGAAAUUGCCUCGGCUUAUCUUCCGCCUAUUACACUGACUACUGGGACGCACAAAAUUCCUACCUCCGAGUCACGACCGCUUGGUCCGUACGUUGAGCCCGCUCCGAAUACCGAGCAGAUCAAGGCGAACUGGAGCAACCCGGACUACCGGUCCUCGACACUGCGCGAGACUCGCAGAAGCCGCUUUGACCAAUUUUCAGAGGGCGCGCUCUCGAAUUCGACGUCUACGCCAUUCCAAGUCGCAGGCCAGGCGUUCUUCAUCUCGAACGGCGAGCCUGUGUACUUCUGGGACUACGCUCGCUCGCUCUUCUACCGCUUCGACAAGCACUUCGGUACGGAGAAGUACAAGAAGAAGCCCAUCGUGAUGUCGAACACCGUCGGCCUUAUGCUUGCGCAUGCUGCUGAGUGGUGGGGUUGGCUCAGUGGCAAGCAGCCUGCGUUCACUGUCUACCGCGUGAAGCUCGUCUGCAAGCACAAGUGGCACAACAUUGAGAAGGCUCGUAGAGUGCUCGGUUACGAGCCUAUCGUCGAUUUGGAUACGGGCAUGCAACGCACUGUUGAUUCCUACGUAGAGUGGUUAAAUGCCAACCCCGGCAAGGCAUAAAAUUUGGGAUUUCCUUCGGAUUUGGUUUCCUGCAUAUUUCAUAUACCAUAUAAUCUCAUUUACUCUAUCUCGCGGAAGCUGCUGUUUGGCCAGAUUCAUAAAUUCAAAGCCAUCAGGUCGCCCGCAAGAGACCCCGGGAGCGACUCGCUUGGGGAUUCUCGCUUCAUUUCUCGCUUACUUCUAGUCCGCUUCAUUCUAUUCUGCGCAAGUGAGCUCAUCUUCGCCACCACCGACACUAACAGCUGCUAUCUGCCUGCGCAGAUGUUGUGCAGAGUAUCUGCACAUAAACCCGCCAUGUAUUCCCACUAGCACUGCUACCAGCGGUGAUCAGGGUCCGUUUCCCCGCAAAUGAUCCCGAGGUCGCUACCAUGUUACUGAGCAGCGAAAGUCCUCCACAACCAACUUGAAUCCUUGCACUUGUCUGAAGCCCUUCCCUUUCUCCGCUUGUUCAAGGGUGUUCAUCUCAUUCCUUCCUUUUCUUGUUCAUAUACACUGAGACUGUGUACAAGCCUAGUUCUCCUGCUCCCUUCCUUCAGACUACUUUUCAGCGACCCCUUUCAGAUUGUUAUAUAUUGAACUGCGACUACAAAAUGUCUAUUCCGACCUCGCCUGUGCAGACGCAGAGCCCCGUGGAGAGCUACGUCAGUUCUCCUGGAGGGUGCACGCGCACCGUUGCUAUUGUCAAGAACCAUGCGUUGGAACAUAGGUUCGAUAUCGAGAGUCGAAUGACUGAAGCUGGCUUUGAGAUAGUCAAGGAGCGCCGGCUGGAUUUGGACAUCGAGAACGACCCAGACACUAUGUUUGAGCUUUUUGGAGACGAUUAUGUCUGUUUUGCCGAGGGCCCUGUGCGGGUUUAUAUCCUCGAACGUCGUCGUGCCGUCCAAGUCUGGAAGACUCUCAUGGGCCCCUCAGACCCAGAGGUUGCAAGGCAGGAAUCUCCGAACUCCAUUCGCGCUCUCUUCGGUAUCUCUAGCGAACAAAACGCAGUCAUGGGUGCCCCAGACGAAGAGUCAGCCGAGAUUCAGAUCAUGUCUAUCUUCGCCUCGUCUCCACCUCUCCCCUCCGUCGAACUCCCGGACGUCGGCUCGGACACUUACGUCUCGGAUGCGUACACAGAAUCUGACACCCAAGUCGCGAGCGAGUCUGUCCACUCCAAGUCGUCCCGCAGCACCACGCGAGCAAAGUCUCCCGCUAGCACCGAAAACGGGAAGUCCAGGUUCCAGGCUCGCCCUCUCCCAGUCACUCAUGAUAGUCCCGACAUCGUCCCUCGUAUGUCUCGCGCGGCGGCCCUUCGUAUGGGCAUCGUCGAAGCCACCACCCCGCCUAAGCGACACCCCGCGACUCCAGAGUCCAUCGCGAAGACUUUCGCCGGGGUUCCGGGGCACAAGCGGUCGGAGACUAUCACAGUUGCCUCAACUACGCCCCCGGUGUCGCCACCGCGCAUGACGCGCGCAGCGUCACUUAGGCUAGGGCUGGCUGUAGAGCCCACGGCGCUGCAGCCCAAAGGAAUUGCGAGGGCCAGGUCCUCCGGAGAUGCCCCUUCGAACACCUUUGAGGGUGUCCCUGGACACAAGAGACAGGGGAGCAUCGCGGUGGCGAGCACUAAGCCGCCUACAGUUCAACCGCGCACGAACCGCAGCGCGGAGUUGCGCGUUAGCAAAGAGGCUGCGCCUCCCCCGUCUUCUUUUAAUAUUCGCCAAGCAUCCACCCUCUCGCGCGCGUCGUCGCGCAGCUCCCUUGACGGCAGUCGCCCGCCGCUUCGCCCCGCUUCGGCUGCUUCCGUCCAUGCUACCGCGCCACCACGACCGUUAUCGCGUACCGACUCACGGUCGAGCAUCACUACCAACGGCAAACUUUUGAACGCAUCGUCUGAAGUCAACAGGUCCAACGGCACACCCAACGGCGAUGCUGGCGCGCUGAGCCCGAAGGCGCGGCUUAGCACCGGUGCCCCGCCGACUAUCGUGCCUCGGACCAACAAGAGCGCUGCUCUGCGCGCCGCGAAGAUGGCGCUCGCUUCUGCAGCUGCGCCGUCGAAUGGAACGGUCGCCAAGUCACCUACCGUGAAGAAGACUGUCUCUGCUCCUGCGCGCACUACCCUCAGGGCGUGAUAGAUGUGAGGCAACAUUUUGCCUGAAGAAAUGCCUUCUCUUUCAAGUUUUCUUCUUCGAGUUUUCAAGGACCCUCGUUUCUUGCGCCGCGUGCUCUGCUUUUCUCUCUGCUCUCUACCACUACGCCGAAAUACCCCGUUCUGGCAUGAGGCUAUCCACAUCUGAACACACGUACACCCACAAGCUCUGCUGCAGAGCGUGCUCUAUCUUAUGCGAUAACCCUAUCCCCGUAUCUAUGCGUCUAUAUGAUC